UCAGGUCAUUGUUCUUUGCAAAAACACUUGUUACUUGUUCAUGUUUGUGUUUGUACACAGAAGAGAUCUUAUCUUGGAUCUCUCUCUCACUCACUCUCUGUGUGUCUCAAUCUCUCUUUCUAUGUAGUUUGGCUGAUUGAUCAAGAACUGUAUUUUUCUCUUUUGCUGUUUUGGUUUUGAAGGUUCUCCAAUGGCAGUAGAAAGAUUCCAGCUUUGUUCUCUGGGGUCCUUCAAUUCUUGUCCUUUUACUGCACACAAAAAUUCCAACUUGUCAAACUGAAUUUUUCUUUCUAGCUUUCUGCCCUUCCUUGUGCUUUGCUUUGGAUAAUUUUUGACCCCUUUGGUAUUUGUUUAUAUGGAGCUGUAAAGGAGUCAGAAAAAAGAAUCUGGGUUUUGAGCUUGUGCCUUUGGUUCUUCCCAUGGGAUGGGAACUAAAAUACAAGGUAAUGCAUUUCUGCGGGAGUCUCAUUCUGUCAUUGAUCUUGACGGAAGCACAAGCAGUGGUGCGAGGACCUUAUAUCAUGAGAACCAGCUUCUGAGAAAUGGACAGAAUCCUGACUCAUUCACAUCCCCGAUGUACACAAAUGGUUAUCUGGGAUAUGACUCAGAGAGAGUGAGGCAGACAAUUCUCGAGCAUGAAUCGAUUUUCAGAAAUCAGAUCCAGGAACUGCACCGUCUUUAUGCAAGACAGCAAGAGCUGAUGAAUGAAAUCAAGAGGAGAGAAUUAAACAAAGAUGAUAUGAAGGGAGAAAAGCAUCGGUUGAGCACUUUGUUCGCUCCCAUCCCUCCUGGAGAUGCAAAAAGAACAUGGAAUCUCCCUCAUUCGAUGGCUGAUUGUCUGCCAACGUCAGGCACUUCUAGCAAACUGUUUCCCAGUUUUCCGGAGGAUAACGGUGUGCCCGUAUUGCCCUGCACCCAAGACAUAAGAAGUUUGAGGACUUGUGAACCUUGGUUGUCUAAGUGCAGCGUUUUCCCAAAUGGAACCUAUACCCUCGGAAUUCCAGCUGAUAUAUACCAUAGAAAUCUGGAGAAGCGGAUGCAAGAAAGAUUUUGUAAAUUACAGGGGGUUGAAAUUGCCUCCACAAACAGGAACCAUCCAGCCGCAUACGGUAGAGAUGCUAAAUUUUCUCUUACUGCUGUUCAGACAUCUCAAUGUGAUACUGAGGCUUUGGGAUUUAACUUGUGCUUCAAACGUACCAAUCAUCCAGGAGACACAAGUUUAACCAACCCAAGAGAUGGAGUUCCUGAUGGUCCAACGCUUUCAAGAGGAGAGGUAACUCCAAAUACAUGUUCAAACUUUAAUCUAAUGACUAGAGAUUUCUUUCAAAAUUCCCUGGAUGCAAAGAACGGGAGUUCUCUGAGCAUUCUGGGAUCGAGGAAUGAAAGAAGUGGGAAGGAGCAUCACUCUGAUGACCAUGCAGAGAAAAGGAGAUUUGACAAACAUUCUUCUGUUGGAGACUUCGGUUCUGGCAAGUCACUGGCAUUUCCUCAACCACUACAGGCUGAACCACGAAAUGAACCUUCAAAUUGUCCGUUGGAUAUGGGUACAUCAGUGCCUCGUGGGAAAAGGAAAAUCUUUGGGGUUGAAAUUUCUGAAGAAAAUGAUGGUCCUUCUAACGUUGCUUCCAACAUUUCAAGUACUCUGGAUCAGAAAGUUGGACCUCAUCAAGAAAAUCACCAUGUUGUCUCGUUUGAUUCACCCUCAUGGAUUUCUAAAUCUUACGUGCAAAAUCUUGAGCUUGGUGGAAUCAAUGGGAAUAAUGGCAAAAACAAGGCAGAUGUGGAAAGCGAACUAUCGAGCCAGAAAUCCUAUCAUUCUGAUAUGAAUGGGAAAUGGUUGCAGGGCUGUUCUUCAAUUGGAUCAAACUUUGUCAAAGGGCAAAGUGAUAACAGAAAAUGUUUCAUGAAUAUGGAUGACAUGAACUUGAAGCCUGCAGAAGUCUUGAAGAAAAAUCCAGAAAACUUCCAGAAGUUUCAAGAGGUGGUUCCUCAACAUCAUACUGUUCUUGCAGAUUGUCAAAGCCACCGGGAGAAUUCCAGGGGAGGGUUGCCCUGGUUUCUUAAAAAUUCACAAGAUAGUGGUGAUCCAAACAAAGGGGUGAAGAGGUCGUAUUUCAUGAAUCUGGACUCUUUGCAAAGUUGUUCUCAGAAGUUCUUUGGGAAAUCUGAGAUGGCUGAUGGCUCCUUUCAAGCUUCGAAGCAGGACAAGGAAAUCUCAGCACCCAAGGAUGUGGAGGGUGGAAUCAAUGAGAUCAACAACAGUAUCAGUACUAAAAAGAUUCUUGGUUUUCCAAUUUCUAAUAUCGUUCAAAGCUUCAAGGAUCCAAAUUCUGGAGACAACCUCUCUAGGGCCAACUGCCCUGGUAUCUGCGGUGAUAGUGCUACAAAAGCUAAAACAGAUGAAGAUGUUUCAAGGAAUCAGCUUGAAACCAAGAAUCUUGUUUUACAGAAAGGAUUAAAUAACUAUAUAUCUGACUUGAGGCAUCAUAUCGAUUUGAACUUGUCUUUGGAAGAGGAGGACGCUCCAUCAGCACCUUCUGUCCCAACAGCUAUUGUAAAAAUUGCAACCACAGAGAUAGAUUUGGAGGUUCCAGCAGUUGUUGAAUUCGAAACUAAUACAUCAUCUCCUAAAGAAUCCAAGUCUAGGAAAAUGGACAUGCCUCAAGGAAACCCUGGAGUUUCUUAUGAAGAACGUGAUAGAAUUGCAGCGGAGGCCAUAAUUUCCAUCUUGUUGUCUGGGAAGAAGAAUUUGGUUGAUGACUGUGUUUGCGGGCCUCCAGAAGUCGCAUCUAGGGAUCAUCUCAAAUGGUUUGCAGAAACAAUUUUAUCUCAAUGUGGUGAUACUCCAAGCAUUUAUGUCGAAGUUCCCUUGAAUCAGAAUGGAUCAUGUAAAGAAGAAGAAUCUAUUCCUGAUGGUAUGGACUACUUUGAGUUCAUGACAUUAAAGUUAGAAGAAACCAAGGAAAAAUACUAUCACUAUGAGCCAGCUGUGUUGAACAAUCCAAGUGACGAUGAGAUUGGGAAUGCUACAUUGUCCAAAAGGUCUCGAAGAGGGCAGUCAAGGAGGGGGAGACAACGAAAGGACUUCCAACGCGACAUACUUCCUGGUUUGGUUACAUUGUCACGUCUUGAAGUGACUGAGGAUCUACAGGCGUUUGAAGAGUUACUGAAAGCUGAAGGUAGAACUUUGCAGUCAGGUUUGUCACAACGAAGCUCCACGAGGAACGGUAGGGGAAGGAAGCGUUCGGCUGGUCCAACGACACCUAUAACCACAAGAGCACUUUGCUCAACCCCAGUGCAGAAGCCCAUUUGUCAACUUGAGGAGAGAAGUUUAGCGGGAUGGGGAAAGAAAACUAGGCGUCUCCCACGGCAGAGAUGCCCCAAUGCGAUUAUUUCGUUUCCCGUAAAAUGCUGACAAAUCCAUUGUCCUGGUUUUCUCUUGAUGAAUAGACAACCGAACUCAGGGAGUGGCAUAAAGACUUUCUUCAUUAUUGAGCUCUAGUAUCAGUUUUUGUAAAUAGCUAUAGAGUUAAUAUUAUUCUCCCGACUUCAAUAUCAGUAAACUGGUGUAAGUUUGUUGUCGUUACCAUUGGUUCCUCCUGCCGGAAGCAAAUAUGUUUAUGAUUAAUUACUCGACAUUGAGACCAGACUGGUACUAUCAUGUCACAAUUCUUAUGUUACUGAGUUCUUGACCUUUGUAUGGGAUUUUCUGCCGUUUUCAUAGGCCUGCUUAGCAAUUGCAAUUGAUGUUGUUCCGCCA